AUGGCGGGAGGCAAGGCGCCGCAAGGAGCGCUGGGCGCCCUGCGCGCUCUGGAUAUGUUCCCUAAGGUGAACGAAGAUUUCUUUCAGAAAACCACAUCUGGUGGCGUCAUCACGGUGGUGGCCUACUCGUUCAUGAUGCUGCUGUUCCUCACAGAGACGCGGCUGUACCUCGCCACCCACACUACCCACGAGCUGGUGGUGGAUUCUUCCAGAGGGGAGACAAUCAGUAUCGAUGUCGACGUGACGUUCCCCCGCAUGCCUUGUGCAUGGCUGAGUCUGGAUGCCAUGGACGUGUCGGGGGAGAUGCACCUGGACGUGGAGCAUGACGUCUACAAGCAGCGCCUGUCAAAGGCAGGGGUGCCCGUGUCGGACGCGGAGCGCCACGUGUUGGCGCCUUCCGCAGUGGCACCCCUCAACGACACCAACGGCACGGUGGCGUGCGGCACCUGCUACGGCGCAGAAGACAAAGACCACCCCUGCUGCAACACCUGCGAUGACGUGCGCGAGGCGUACCAGCGCAAGGGCUGGGUGAUGCUCAAGCUGGCUGACGUGACGCAGUGCGCCCACGACGGCUACCUGGAGGCCAUCAAGGCUCAGGAGGGCGAGGGCUGCCGCAUGUGGGGCCGCCUGGACGUGAACAAGGUGGCGGGCAAUUUCCACUUUGCUGCCGGACGCAGCUUCCAGCAGGGCAGCGUGCACAUCCAUGACAUGGCGCCGUUUGCCGACAAGACCCUGGACUUUACCCACACCGUCAAGCGACUCAGCUUUGGGCCGCAGUACCCCGGCAUGCGCAACCCGCUGGACGGCGCGGCGUCUGUCACCCCCCCGCCGGACGUGUCCAAGGGGCGGCUGAUCGGGGGCAGCAAGCUGGCCACGCCUGAGGCUAAGGCUGCACAGGCUGCGGGGAAUGGCCCGAAGACGGGCAUGUACCAAUACUUCCUCAAGGUAGUGCCCACUGUGUACGUCGAUUCCUCAAACAAGACUCUCGUCUCAAACCAGUACAGCGUCACAGAGCACUUCCGCGAGAACGGCGCCACUGCCAGCGGGCCCGCCUCCGGCCGCACCCUGCCGGGUGUAUUCUUCUUCUACGAUUUGUCCCCCAUCAAGGUCCACAUCCGGCAGCAGCGUUCGUCCUUCUUGCACUACUUGACAAACCUCUGUGCCAUUGUGGGCGGAGUGUUUGCUGUCAGCGGACUGCUGGACGGCGCGGUGCACCAUGGAGAGCGCAUCAUCCGCAAGAAGAUCGCCAUGGGCAAGUACACUUGA